GUCUACCUGCGCCAGCUCUGCACCUGGGCGACCUUGGCUUAGCCCACACGGAUGACUCAAUCGGCCAGGCGUCUGGGCGCCUGUCCUCUUCCUCCGCCCAGGCCGCCGACCCCCUGGCUCCCCAGCGGGGCCUCCUCCUGCCACGUGACGCCCCCGCCAGGGGCCCCAGCGCCCUCCUCGCGGACGCGCCGUUCCGGCUCCCGGGCUCCGCCUGUGCGCGGCCUCCUCGGCGCAGCCAUCCUCGCGGCUGCCGAGGGCGGCAAAGCCCACGGCAUCUGCCAUUUGUCAUUCAGCCCGUCGGUACCGCCCCGAGCCUUGAUUUAGACACGUCUGGGGCGGAUUCUGGCCUCACUCUCCUGGCGGACAGACGGACGGACGGACGGGGCGGCUCUCCUCCCAGCCCGGCGGACCGCGGGCCUUGGCGCGCGGGGCGCUUCCCCGGGUCGCCGCCAUGGCCGCGGAGGCGGCGCGCCCGAGCUGCCGCGCCUGAGUUCCGGGGGGCUCCGGACCCCGCAGGUUUUAUGACAGAGCGUGUCUAGAUGUGGACAUUUCAUUUAUCCUGGAUUUAUUGUGUUCCUGUCUCUAAGGUUUUUCCCGCCUGAUUGACAACAUAGUCAUCAUUGGCUUUUGAUUGCUCUCACAUCUGAUGUUUCAUGUCACAUCUGAAACUCCUCUGUACCUCAAACUUAGAAAGGUAUUUGCAUAGGAAUCAGAGGCGUUAAUCUUGUGAGUAAACUCUCGACAUCUGUACUUGUUUCCUUCCUUCCUUCCUUCUCUACCUGCCCCCGGGACUAAAGCACAGGACAGCUGCCAGGUCCCCAGCACCUUUGCAGAGUCCACACUCCUCUCUACAAGAGGAGGGGUGGUGGCAUUUUUUGAAAAAUAAUCUGGCUCCCAUUGUGGCAGUUGAAGCUAGUCUAUAGCACAGAUGCACACAAGUCUGUGAUUCUUUGCACCUUACUCAGGCGCCCCUCACAGGUCUGAAUCUCAUUCCACGGUGUCAAGUAUGCAGGAAGUACUCACUUUUAUAUUCCCCAUGCCGUCAACCUAGAGAGAAAUUUCAUUGCAGUCAUUUUUAGGUGUCUCCCUUUCCCCCGUGGAGUGUGUGUCCUAGAAUCUGGAGACUUCCCUGGCACCCGGUAGGUGAGGGCUGGUCUUUGGUAUAUGACAGUGGGGUAGUGGUCUCUUGAAGCCCUGCCACUCUUGCCCCAGGCCUGGCCUCCCUGAGCACACCCACAGCUGUCCUCUAGAGGGUUCUGCCCUGCGUUGGGGACAGAGCUGUGCCAGGGCCCCUUUUCCUUUCCAGCCCCGGGAGCUGGGGGUGGAGGGGACAGUGUCUUUUUCUCUCCCUCUUACCGCUCUCUCCUUCUCUCGACCCUGAAAUUGGGCAGAGUCUCCUCACUGGGUUUAGAUGUUAAGAAAGACAGACUGCUUCUGCCGUCAUCUGGGCUAAAAUACAAGGAAUUACAAAGCUGCACCUGUUUUAAAUGAGCUAGAAAGGAUGUUGGGAGGACAAACGAAGUAACAUUCCAGAGUUGUCCUGCUGCACUGAUUUGGAGGCUGUAAUGAAGGCAAAACAUCACCCAAACACUGGUAACUAUGGAAAUGAAGAGAAGGAAACAGAUUUGAGAGACAAUAAGCUCGAAGAAUCUGUAUAGCUUAGUCAGUGAGUAAAAUCUCGUAUGCCUCCAGAGUUUCUAACUUUGGAGCAGCUGGGAAGCAACACGGUGAAGAGACUGACUAUUAAUAAUGUGGACUCUCAAAUCCCACACUCUGGAUGCAGAGCCCGGCCCAGCUGCUUGCUGACUGUGUGACCGUGGGCAAACUGGCGUCACUCCUAAGCCUCAGUUUCCCCAUAAGUAAGAUGAGGUUAAUGCUUCCUCCGCAUACGGUUGGUUGUUUGGAGCAUUCAGUAAAGUGAUUAAAACAACGGCCAUGACCUGGUGAGCAUCCAACAGACGUUAACUCUUAUCCCAUAGUGGUGCCAGUGGCUAAAAUCGCUGGUGGCGGAGGAGCAGGCCUGGCGGGUUAGCCGUGCGGAGCCCCUGCUCUAGGGUAGGUGACCUUCAGGGGCACUGACGAUAUCUAAGCUGAGAGGUGCAGGAGGAAGGUAGAUGGAUUCGCCUGAAAUAUGAAAGAAGUUCAGGAUUGAAGAUAGAGAUUUGGGAGGUCUGUGACCCUAAGGAGUAGUUGAAACCCUGGGUGGUGACUGAAGUCCCCCAGGGAUUGUGUGAGAGAAGGUAGAGGGCCAGGUGCCAGGCUCACAGAUCUGUUCAAACUCUGAGCGACCCUUUCACAACAUGCUCCUGUCGUCUUCAAAACGACUCCAUUGCUGUGAAAUGAAUAAUGAAUGUCCUGUUUACGGUCUCCACUUCAGAGGUAUAAUCUCAGUCGCGGUGAUCCAGCUCCCCGAAGUAAGACUUAGCUGCCUGUGAUCUGCCAAAUCGGGUGGGCUCCUUUCCGUCUGGAAUUACAGUCCUUAGAAAAUAAAAAACUUAUCUGGGAGGCUUUUCGAAAACAGGCCCUGCACAUCCUCAACCCAGAGGAGUCUUUCGCUGGAAGCCGAGGCAGGCCUCCCUGUGUCCAGGCUCGCCCAGUUCUUUCCCACUCAAAUCAUUUGAAAUAAAAAAGUCAGUUUGAAGAAUUUACUUAAGCAAAAUCAGGAGUAACUCCAAGUGAAUGAGCUGAAACUGGAGGGAAAUCCCUUUGUUCAAUUCGGGUUUCAGUGAGCGCUCAGCAGGCAGCUAAACCAGUUCAUUAACAGAGAAAAAGACGCGUUUCUCAAAGCGGCUCAGAAGCUAAUGCUUAGAAAAACAGAUUGUGACAGCAGAAAUGCGUUCUAGAAAUCGUAACGCUCUAGAUUCAGGAAACUUUAGUUUUUGUCAUCACUGAAUAAACAAAUCAUUUCCCCCUAAAUAUCUCCCCUUUAUUUAAGACAAUUCCCUCUAACUGAUCUGUUUACCGUGCACCAAUCCUCGUUCCUAGAAAAAUGUGAUUUUUCUUCCUACUCUGAAGCUCAGAAACAAGUAUAUCUAGAAAUGUUUAAUGUUAUUGGGUCAUUUAAAAAAAAAACGUAUUCUUUACAAAAAAAAUAAUAGAAUUGACAUAUUGAAACCUUUUCUCUGUGAUUUCUGAAAUCCAAAUUCUGACCUGAAAAACCAUUGUCUGCAAGUAGCAUCCCGUCAAAUGCAGACGUGUUAUUCUUCCUAACUGCCUCUGCGCUGCUUUAUUAAACUGUUGUAGACUGCGCAUGAUUUUUCCCCUGGGGCCACGCAUGCUUUCAGGUUCUCUGUUGCAUUGUUAACUAUUUAAGCAUUAAACUGGGGCUGAGAUGGCAGGUGGGAAAGGCCGAGGGACUUGAUCUCCUCCCUGCCAGAGUUCUCCGCUUUCACUAGUGCUGCUUACAUUGAACGGCUUAAGAAUAAGCUCCUGUGUGAGCCCUCGGAGGCCAAGGAGUAUUGUUGAAUUCAGAAAGGAAUCUCUUUCUUUUAGUGAUAAUUUGAAUAUUUUGACAAUGAAGCUAAGCUACUCCACUGCCUGGUUUGCGUACUUCAUGUCAUGUGCGCCCUUUCUAGUGAAGCAGAAGAGAGCCUCUGCCUCUCUUCAUAAAUUCAUAAAUUGGUAUUGUCCAUUGAUGAGAUGGGUAGGAGCAAAGGAGGAAUCAUCCAGAAGAAUUGUACUCUCUUGCUUUAAUGUUUUUUACAGCUCUUAAAAAAAAUUAAUAUAGGCCUUUGGAGACCACCCAAUUAAACCACCACGAUAAAGGUUGAGUAUUUUGAGAAGAGAGCUUGACCAUGAGGAUAAUUUGUGAAGUGUUUAUGCAUCUGCAAAGCAAGGAGUACGUUUAAAACAAAUACUCUGGGUGAUUCAGAGAACCUACUCACCUCCAGUAUUUCCCCUAAAUUGUGGUGGAUUAUUUUAAAACUUUAGUUGUCUGAAAAUGGCCUUAAUUUUCCUGUUUUUAACUUAAUUUUCCUGUUUAAUAACUUAUAUUAUUCAAAAUAAAUGGACAUAGCCUUUUUGAGCAAAUUAAGAGAAGAAAACAGGCGACCAAGUGAAUAAAUCGCUUAGGUGAGAUAUAAUUGGCUGUUACAUAAUAGAUUUACCUUUGUACCAGUAAAGAGAAUCCCGAAAAGCUUCCUCCCUAAGAGGAUCGACUGGUUAGAAUAGUCUUAGUUGGAAGAAGCCGACUUUUAUAAUUGAUUGGUGAACAGAGAUACCCGUUUCCAAAUGCUCACCAGGGAUCAGUGGUGCGAAGCUGGCUGUAGACCUGUCUGGAGACUUGGUGAAAACAUAAGUUCCCAGGGCCCCAGCGACGCUGUCAGUCAGUGUUAGUUUGUACUGCGGCCUAGGAAUCUGUAUUUUUAAAAGAUUGCCCUGGUAAUUCUAACGUAUGGCCAGGUUUGGUAACCGUGGAAUUGUAUAUGCAAAUUGGAGACUUCAGCCUUUUCACCCUGCACGGUUGAUAAAUCUAUAUGAAGAUAUGAAGCUUUUUAUGUGAGGCUUUUGUUGAAAAUGAAUGUCUACUGUUUAUUGCUGAUUUUUUUCAAUUCAUAAUUUGUUUUAGGUUCUGUUAUUACAUAGACUUGCAUACCCGUUUUAUGGUAUUCUAAUACUGUUGAUUUUUUAAAAAUGCCAUUUCCUCUGAGUUCUAUUUUGAAUAUUUUAUGUAAGCAAUUUCAUGGUUGUUGUUUUUUUUUCUACUUGCAGAAAGCAGGGGAAAACAUCAGGGUUUUUCUAAUCCAGUUGCAAGUAGGACAAAGGAUAUAAUAUAAAUACUUAAAGAUCUUCCUGGGCAAGAUUACAUGAGACGUUGAAAACCUUUUAAGUUACAACAUUAUGAACUUCAGCACACCUUUUAAAUAUAUCAGAUGAUCUAAAUGUUACAGACUUUUGCCAUAUGGUGUAUCUGAGACGUUUAAAAAUUAAGGGUGGUGGGUCUACUGACGUAUUAUACUGUGGGAUUUUAACAUCUGAACUUGAUCUAUCGUCUAUUAAAAUGCCUAAAAAGCAGGAGAAAAUCUCCUCCACACAUUAGCAGUUGUGUAUGUGUUUGUGCUCUUGAAGUAAGCAAGCUCAAGUUGCCACGUAAGCGGGGGUGGGGGGCAGGGGGAGUGUUUUUCUAGCUUCGUUCACUUAAGGUGUGCAAGAUCUCUUCUUACAGGUUUGAAGCCUCAAACUUCUGAGAGGUCUCCCUGACUGCCUUCGAGCUGAUGUUUCCUGUCGCCGAGUAGACAGUUUGGUGGUCCAGGACGUGCCCCAGCUCUAGUGAUGCCGAUUGCCUUUCCGCUCUGGAACCUCAUCCAUGCCUCAGACUUGCUCCUCUCAACCUGAGACUGCGUGGAAACUGGGAUGUGGGAAGCAGGAAGCAGAGAUAGUGCCAGGCCUAAGGACAGAAAGAUGAGAAGACACAUGGCUGGGGAGAUAGUCAUGCAAACACCAUUAAAAUGUAAUCUAAGGGCUUUGACAGAGCUAUGCAGGUGGCGGAAGUUGUUCUCCACUGCUUGAUGAGACCUGGGGAGGCUCCUCAGAAAGGCACAUGGCUACCCACUCGCCCCAGAAAUCCCACCAGUGCGCUCAUUGUGAGAAGACUUUCAACCGCAAAGACCACCUGAAAAACCACCUCCAGACGCACGACCCCAACAAAAUGGCCUUUGGGUGCGAGGAGUGCGGGAAGAAGUACAACACCAUGCUGGGCUACAAGAGGCACCUGGCCCUGCACGCGGCCAGCAGUGGCGACCUCACCUGCGGGGUCUGUGCCCUGGAGCUAGGGAGCACGGAGGUGCUGCUGGACCACCUCAAGGCCCACGCGGAAGAGAAGCCCCCGAGUGGAGCCAAGGAGAAGAAGCACCAGUGCGACCACUGCGAAAGAUGCUUCUACACCCGGAAAGACGUGCGGCGCCACCUGGUGGUCCACACAGGCUGCAAGGACUUCCUGUGUCAGUUCUGUGCCCAGAGGUUUGGGCGCAAAGACCACCUCACGCGACACACCAAGAAGACACACUCACAAGAGCUGAUGAAAGAGAGUCUGCAGUCCGGAGACCUUCUGAACACCUUCCACUCCCUCUCUCCGCAGUUCCAGCUGAAGGCCGCCCCACUGCCUCCUUUCCCUUUAGGGGCUCCUGCACAGAACGGGCUUGCAAGCGGCCUGCCAGCUGAGGUACACAGCCACACCCACGGCCCCUCGGAGCAAACCUCCCAGCCUGUGCCAGCGCUGCCAGAGCUCCUGGCCCCGCUCCACCCCGUAGCAUCCCCCAGCUCUCCUCCCCCACCCCUCCAGAAUCACAAGUACAACACCAGUUCUACCUCAUACUCCCCACUUGCAAGCCUGCCCCUCAAAGCGGAUACUAAAGGAUUUUGCAAUACCAAUUUGCUUGAGGACUUGCCUCUGCAAGAGCCUCAGUCACCUCACAAGCUCAACCCAGGUUUUGAUCUGGCCAAGGGAGGUGCUGGUAAAGUAAACCUGCCCAAGGAGCUACCUGCAGACGCUGUGAACCUAACAAUACCUGCCUCUUUGGACCUUUCCCCUCUGUUGGGCUUCUGGCAGCUGCCCCCUCCUGCUACCCAAAAUGCCUUUGGGAAUAGCAGUCUCACCCUGGGGCCUGGGGAAUCUCUGCCCCACAGGUUAAGCUGUCUGGGGCAGCAGCAACAAGACCCCUCACUCGCCAUGAGCACUAUGAGCCUGGGCCAGCUCCCCCUGCCCCCCAUCCCCCAUGUUUUCCCAGCUGGCACUGGUUCAGCUAUCCUGCCUCAUUUCCACCAUGCAUUCAGAUGACUGGUUUUUAAAGCGUACCGUUCUUAUCCUGGAAGAUGUUUUAAGAAGCAUUUUAAACAUCAGUUAUGAUACAAGGAAAGAGUUAGAAAGCAGGACUGGAAUAUGGCUUAUUCAGUGAUGACUGGCUUGAGAGAAGAGAGUUCUCGAACUGCAUGUAUUGUGCCAAUCUGUCCUGAGUAUUCAUGCUUUGUACCAAAUUUAAUAAGCAAGUAUUCUUUAAUGGAACUGCAACCAUUGUCAUAACCGACAUCCAUACGAGGGCUGCUAUAUAUAGGUGUUUGUCAAAUUGAACUUAAUCGUAAGCCAUGAUCAUAAUAAUGUUAACUAAAUAACUUUAUGUGGCACUGCCUAGUAAGGGAACUAUGGAAAGGUUUGGAUUUCUCCAAAAUGGGAGAGUUUUUAAAAUAAGAAAAUAACCUUUAUAUUGCAUAUUAUGACUAGGCUGUGUAUUUCUUUUCAGGGAUUUUUCUACCUUCAGGGUUGGAUGUAGUUUAGUUACUAUUGCCAUAGCCAACCUAUAGUUUUACAGAAACAAUUUCUUGUGGAAUAACAGAUGUCUCCAUUUUAAAAAAGCAUUUUAAAUGUAGUUUGAAUAUUUUCCACAGGAUGCUACAAUGUGAGUUAUCACUUCAUUUAUCUUAAAGACUAAACUGAUUGUCAGUUACAUCUGACAGAAAAAAAAAAAAAUCACUGUGUAACCAGGUUAAGCGGUAAAAUAAUCCAGGCGUCAGUCAAGAAAGGCAUUUUACUGACUUUAAUAUUGAUUAUAUUUUUAACAGGAAUUUAAGAAUAUUACUGGAAUUAAAAAAAAUAUAUAUAUAUAUAUAUUAAACAAGAAUUUCCUUUGCUCUGUCUGGCUUAAAAAAUACUAUUCUGCUUAAGUAUUUUUAAUCACCAAUAAGUAAAUGCAUUUUAAAAUUCAUCAUUUAAGUCAAUAUUAGUUUUAUUCAAAAAAGAUAACGUUUUACAAUGUAACUAUAAUCUAUCUCUUGAAUUUGGUAUCUAAUGAGUUUUUAAAAUAUAAAACCUAACCUUUUUUUAAAGCUCCUUUGUCUUUUGUGUUUAGAGGCUUUCUAUAUGAAGAUAUAUCUUACGUAUAAUAAACUCUACAAAUUCUGCA